AGAAGUAUUUACAAGAGAUAACAACGAAUAAACGUCAUUUUUCACUUCGUAAUCGGAAAGAACGAGAUUUCCUUUGUUUUUUUCUUUAACUUUCACUUUUUUUAUUCUCCCGAGCUUUUGUCUAUCUUUUCCUUUUGUUUUAUCAAAUAGCAUUACAUUAUCGAUUAUCGUGCUUAGUUAUCGUCCAGGAAACAUCGACGAUCGGUGGAUACAGAAAACUUAGUCGUUUACCUUAAUUGUACGUUGUAAAUUAUAAACUUUUAAAAUAUGGUGGUUUCAACUAUAACAGAAAAUGGAACAACAAACGGGGAACAAUCUUCCCUAACAAUGGGUAUUACGCCUGGAGAUUAUCGUUUAGUUGGUUGGGAUAUGGAUACUACUGGAAAAAAGUUGACAGAUGAAAUUUGUCAAAUUGCUGGAUACACACCUAGUUCUGCUUACUCUCAAUAUGUAAUGCCUUACAAGGAUCUUAAUCCUCCUGCUAUCAAGCGGCAUAACAUGAGAGUUGUAACUGUUGGAAAAUAUCGUAUGCUUAAAAACAGUAAAACUAACAAGGUGUUAAAAACUAAGAGCGAAGUGUCUGCAUUAACAGACUUUUUAACUUGGUUGGAGUCUGUCAAAGGAGAUGCAGCAGAUGGAGUUAUAUUGCUUUAUCAUGAACCGCGUAAGGUUAUUCCUGCUAUGGUACUUGAAUCUUUGCAAAGGUAUAAUCUUGUGGAAAGAUUUAAACAAACUGUUAGAGGUUUUGCUAAUGGUUUCAAUAUUGCCGAGGCCAAAUGUACAAAUUCUGUACAUACAUUUUCUCUACGUACUCUGUCACGUACAUUACUUAAGAGGACAGAAGAAUUAGAUAAUGCAAAAGAUAGAGCAUAUCUGGCCUUACAAGUUUUACAACAUAUUAGUCUGCAAGAAAAUACAAAGAUAGGCGAAACAAGUGGAAGUGGUGAUAGUGAUACAGUUAUGAAAAGUACAAUCGAAUUUAUUCAACCGUUCGUACAACCCAUCCAUAUUGAAGAAGAAGAGCGUGCAAAACUGAAAGUGGUAUUCGAACGGCAAAACAGUCUGAGACCAAUUUUUGGUCCAUUGUUUAAAGCAAGUCGCAAGGAACGCCAACACGCGAGUCCUUUACGUCGACUAUUGGCUGAAGCUGGUAUAGAGUAUUCGCAGUUACAGGAAGCAUGGUCUAAUGGUCAGAAACAAGGUUUAGAGAAAUUAAUAAAAGAAAAGCUAACUGCAGCAGAAGACAAAAAAAUAGAGGAUCUGAUAAAAGUUUUGGAAAGUUAUUUUGAUCCUGAGAAAAAUUCAAAAGCUAAAAUGAGGCACGAAAAGAAAGAGACGAAGUCAGAAUCUUCAAAGAUCAUAGAUGAUAGAGAAAAUAACAAUAAGUGUGACUCAGGUACUGAAACUCCUGAUACUACAUCAAGUUCUCCUAUCAAUACAAAAUUAGAACUACCAGAAAUUGAUAAACUCUCAUUGGAAAACUAAAUCUUGACACGUUGAAGUAUAUUGGUUAAUAGAAUCUAGCACUUUGAAAAUAGUUUGUCAAAUCAAUAUAUGAUUGACUUUAACUCUUCAAAGCAUUAGAUUCAAAGAUAAAAUAGAUUGAUAACUGUUAAUGUUCAAUGUGCCUUAAGAAAAAUGGAAGUUACAAUUUCAUAUUAUUAUUUUUUUUUUAUUUGUUAUGAUGAAAAAAGAGCUAUGUCCCUGCGGGAUGUAUCGUUGCAGUCGACUAAUAUAAGUAUGUAAUCAACAAAUUAAUUAUUUUUAGUUUGUUUUGCCAUGAUUGUUAUUUAAUAUUCACUUCGUUGAAGUUUAUCCCUGAAUUUUAUAUAAUUUUUUUACUUAAUCAUAAGAUCGAUUAAAAUUCUAAUAAGGAUAAGAUCGUUCACAGAGAACUGAUCAAUAUGUAAGAUGAACGACAUUCAAACUAUAACAAAUUAUUAAACAAAUUAGAAUAGAA